CGUCUUCUCUCUUGCGUCUCUCUUCAUCUCACUCUUUCUUUCUCUCUCUCGAGAUCGCCAUGGAAACCCUCGCUGCCUCGGUCACCAUGGCCUCCUCCUCCUCCCCCUCCUUCUUCUCCCCCAAAUGGUCCCCUUCCAAGCGCCCCCAACUCCUCCCCAUCUCCUCCAAGCGCAACGACGAUGCCGCCGAUCUCAGCUCCAACCCCGAAAACCCUUACAAAAUCGUUCCCUUCCUCAAGCCCCAAUCCUCUAUUUCCCCUCUCUCCAAGGAUGCGGCGAUGGGGUUGGUUUUGAGCGCAGCUGCAGGGACUGGAUGGACCACGGGAUCUGGUAUGGAGGGUCCUUCAUCGCCGGCGGCGUCUGAUUCUGGUUCGCCGGACCAGACGGUGUCCACCUUCCCGUGGUCGCUCUUCACCAAGUCCCCCCGCCGCCGGAUGCGCGUUGCCUUCACUUGCAACGUCUGCGGUCAGCGCACCACCCGCGCCAUCAACCCCCAUGCCUACACCGACGGCACUGUCUUUGUUCAGUGUUGUGGAUGCAAUGUGUUCCAUAAGCUGGUGGACAACCUGAACUUGUUUCAUGAAAUGAAGUGCUAUGUGAAUCCGAGUUUUCGGUACAAAGGGGAUGUGAGCUUCAACUACCUUGACACGGAUGAUGAUAAAGAUGACAAUAUCUUUCCAGUCUUCUGAGAUUGAUGGAAUUGGUGGUAUGGAAUCAUUUGUACAUUUUAUUUCAGAAUGUUAAGGUUGGAAGACUUUGCAUCUGAUAUUGUAGAGAAAAAAAAAUAAGUGGUUAUAUAUGUAAAUAUUGGAUAUUUACUCAUUAAUCAUUAUAUGCAUAUUAUGCUGGUUUUAGACAA